AUGAGCGUCAUGAUUGCGCUUGCCGUCGAUUACAGCACCAAGUACACUCAAUUGAUCAGUGCAUUUGAUCUUGAACUCUUCCAGGUUGACAUACAGUUUCUUGAACUUCUCCGUGCAGGUCUGGUUCCGAAUGAGGCUGAACCACGCACAUCCAACGAGAUUCGCGAAGCAACGGCUGAAUAUGCCAAGAGAAUCCAUCAGUCUGAUCCUGACGAUGCGUGCAAGUACUUGGCGAUAGAGGAGUACCGUUGUUUGUUGACGGCGCAGGCCGACAUUGAGACUGAGGAGGCUGCGACCAAAUGCUUCAAGUGGAAUGAUGAGUGGCGUCAUUGUCAAUGGGAUCAAUAUAAGUUCAAUGAGGGUCUCACUUAUAUUGGAGGCCCUCAGAUCAAGAAGGCGUAUCGCUUUGCUCCGAACUACAGGUAG